CAAACAGAAGUUUGAAGACGUGGCACCCCGACGGGAACAGACUGAAGCAGAGCAUAGAUAAUUUCGCGGUCGCCGUUAAAAGAAAGGAAGAGAUUAGAGAAGAUGGCAGCGACGGCGGCGACGGCGACGGGAGCCUUGAAGAUCGGCAUUCCGGCUCCGGUCAAACCAGAAAAGAAGGCGACGAACUUCACCAGACUAACAGUUCGCUAUCCCAAUUGCACUCUCAAUACAUGGCCGAAAGUUUCUGCCAUUCGAGCACUCGAUCCCGAAACCAGAGGAGAAGGAGGAAAUUCGAGCGGCAGCGACGACACCGGCGCCGGCGAUUUCAUCAAUCAGGAGGAUGUGCAAUUUUUGUUGAAACUGGUGGCUGGUUCCAUAGCAGGGGGAGCUGGAAUCAAGUAUGGAAGCAUAAUCUUUCCAGAUAUAGCUAAACCCAACUUGGUACAAGCUCUUAUUAUGAUAUCAACUCCUGUUGUUCUAGCCAUAUGGCUUUUGAUCAAGCAAAGUCGUGAAGAGAGACAAAGCUAACAAUCUAGUGCUUCCAUUUUUUUUUUUUGGAAAGUGCUUCUGAAUUGUGAGCAUAUACAAAUAUUUAACAUGAAGUGUUUAAAAACCAUCCAAAAGCACUUUGAAAUUGAAAAUUAAUGAAGCACUUGUUUACAGUUU